AUGGCGGAUCCCUUCAGCUUCUCCUACCCCUCCCCACUGGAAGGCUAUGAAAACCUAGAGCCACUAUCCAACGAACGCAACGAAGACGGAAAAUCCCUCAAGAACCCCCAACAUGGAAAGCUGAGCAAAGCCUACGAGGAAUUCCCCGACCCUCUCAGCAAAGAUAUUCGUGGUGGUUUCGACAUUCACAUCUACUAUUUCCAGAAUAACCCCAACCAAGCAACCUUCGCAAAAGCUCUCCAUGAACGAAUUCGUCGUGAAUUCCCCGAGCUCCGAAUCUAUACCUUCUGGGACAAACCCAUUGGACCACACCCAGUCGCCAUGUUCGAAGUCAAUCUUUUCACGCCCGCGCAGUUCGGUGCUUUCGUUCCCUGGUUGGUGAUCAAUCGGGGCCCACUGAGUGCGCUUUUGCACCCCAAUACGCUGGAGGAAGGGGCUGCGGAGGAGGAGAGGAACCACACGCAGCGGGCGACUUGGCUGGGAGAGCGGAUCCCGUUGGAUUUAUCUCUGUUUAAGCUUUUGAGGGCGAAAGAGAUCGAGGAAGAGGAGAAGCAGGGGAAAUUGUGA